AUGACGGUUGAUAUAGGUACCCUGCUUGUUGACCCUUAUUCCUCCGCUUGGUCGAGUCACCCUGUUGCCUUUGGAUCGCAAUGUACAGCGACGCAGAUCGCGUCCACUUCGUUCUAUAGCAGUCAUCGUAUGCCGUCUGCUGUCCAGUCACACUCAUCUCCGGCCGACUUCAGUACACUUCCUGGCCAGAUGUCCGUCGUCUCUGUCAUGGGAUUGUUCCGGAUCUUUGGAUGUCACCCAUUAGAGGGUGUACCUGGCACCACCGUUACCGUGUCGCUUAAUCUGUCGACCAAGACGUGUAACGCGAUCUUCUUGCGUUUAGUCGUCGGACGGAAGGCUCUGAGCACGUCUGUCCGGCACCUGCCCGACCGCUUCGGAGCGUGGGAGUUGCAGUCGACCAUCCCACAAGAUGAAGUGUCAGGUCCAACCGCGGUCCCUCUCUCCGUGCAAGUCUUGGAUAGCGCGAACCAGGUGUUGGACUCCGUGACGUUCGGCAAUUUCACUUAUCUCCCUCCUGCGUCAGGAAGCCGGUCUGUAGCGCCCGUCAAGUACGAAACCGCUGAAUAUACGCUUAACUCCAAUGUGCCCCUGAUGAUACGCCGAUCUAUCAGCAUGGCUGAUUCUGCCACCCAUGCGACUGUAUCGGUCCCCUCGUACUCCCCCUUGUACGUCUCUCGUACGUCCAGCAGUAGCCGAUCGCGGGAGACUAAGCGUGGGCAGUCAAGUCGGCAAACAAGGAAACACCUGAACCAGGGCCGGCGUCUCCGCUUCAGCGACGACGCUUCCAGCUCUGAGCGUGCCCACCUCGAGAUUUUGACUCCGUUUGAUAGCAUGUGCAAGGACUGGGAUGAGGAGGAGCUACGUAGCAGUCGUCGUCUCGUCCGGUUCACGCGCGUGCAGGAAGGAUUCACGAUCAAGGUCUCCUGCGAGCGUGUCAGGAUCAAAGAGUAUACCGAGGGCGAUGUCGUGAUUUCCUGCAUCUACCGCGCCGAAACCGAUCACUGCUUCGUGACGUCGGUUGACAUCAUCUACCUGCUGGAGCACCUGGUGGGGGAGGAGUUUGAUAUCGAGGAGAAAAACAGGAUCCGGCGCAACCUGGAGGGCUUUCGGCCUCAGACCAUCUCGAAGAAUAGGGUUGAGUCGAACGAUUUUUUCACCCAGAUCAUGGGCUUCCCGCCACCGAAACCGCGCAAUAUCGAGAAGGAUCUCAAGGUGUUCGAGUGGAAGAUCUUAUCGCAAGCAUUGGUCAAGAUCAUCGCAAAAUAUUCGCUCUCCGCGCCGGUUUCGGAGCACGCUGGUGGUCGCAUUUCUAUGGCUCCAGAGAAGAGGACACCGUCAAGCCGGUCGUCGUUGAGGUCGCCGCCUUUGCCCGAUCCAACGUAUUCUCGAGACUCAAAUGACCUCAUGUUGCCUAAUGCCCUGGGGAGCAGCUCGUAUAUAUCCGCGCCAGAAAGUGACGAUGCAGCUUCCGUGACUUCACACCACGAUCACGCCCUGCCCUUCACCAACUCGGGUGAGAGCCCAGGAUUGUGCAGUACACCCCACGUAGGAUCGCCGUCGAGCAUGUUCUCAAGCUCAUCCCAUUCUCCUGCGGUAUUGUGCGACCCUGCAUGCAAACCGACCUUCGUCAUCAACUCUCAGAGUGGGUUGUGCCAGGCCGUCAUCGUUUCCUCUGACGCACUUUCGCUCACGGGCAACCCGUGUUCGUCGGAAGGCUUCCAGCUCCACAACAAUAUUUCGGCGUUCGACUCCUUGGAGUUCCAAUAUUUUGGCGAGCACAAACUGGCUGACCCAUAUUAUUAG